AUGGCAUCUCACAAGCCGGAGUAUGAGUUCGGCGGGCCCGUUGGUGCCGCCGCCAUCGUGUUUGGCCUGCCGGCCCUGCUGAACGUCUGGUACCUCGCCUGCAACGACGUCUCGGGAUGCCCAGCUCCGGCCCUGCUGCAGCCCAGCACUCUGACCUGGGAGACUCUCAGGCCUCAGAUCCCCUGGCCCGAGCACGGCGUAUGGGGCCUUGUUAGUUGGGAGGUCACAGGCUGGACGCUGCUGUACUAUGUGCUGAGCCUGGUCCUCUAUCGAGUCCUUCCAGCGCAUGAGGUCUACGGGACAAAGCUUCGAGAGUCGGGCCGCCCUCUGCACUACCGCUUCAACGCGUUCAAUGCAUCGAUUGCCCAGCUGUUGGCCUGCGCAGUGGGCACGUAUCUAUACGGCGCCGAUUGGGUCUUUUGGACCUUCAUCACGGAUAAUUAUCUGCAGCUCCUUACAGUCAACACCAUCCUUGCCUUUGCCAUCUCGAUCUACGUCUAUGCUCGGAGCUUCGAGGUGACGAGCGGCAACAGCGACUUGCGAGAGCUUGCCGUCGGCGGCAAGACCGGCAGUGUCAUUUACGACUUCUACAUCGGCCGCGAACUAAACCCCCGUGUCACAUGGCCGUUCAUUGGCGAGGUCGACAUCAAGGCGUGGUUAGAGAUGCGCCCUGGCCUGACAGGCUGGGUGUUGCUCGACCUGGCUUUUAUCGCCCAGCAGUACCGCACAUAUGGCUACGUCUCCGACAGCAUCGUCCUGACGGCAGCGGUCCAGACCUUCUAUGUCCUGUACGGGCAGUUUGCCGAGCACAGGCUCCUGUCCAUGAUGGACAUUAUCACUGACGGACUGGGCUUCAUGCUCACAUUUGGGGAUAUUGUCUGGGUCCCGUUCCUGUACUCGACGCAGUGCCGAUAUCUGGCCGUCUACCCGGUGCACCUGGGCUGGACCGGGCUUGUCACGGCGAGCGUCGUGUUCGGCCUGGGCCUUUAUAUCUUCCGAGCAUCCAACCUGCAGAAGAACGUGUUCAGGAAGAACCCAGAGGACCCAUCCGUCAGAGGCAUGUCGUACAUCCAGACCAAGCGGGGCACGCGCCUGCUGGCCUCGGGGUGGUGGGGCGUGAGCCGGCACAUCAACUAUUUUGGGGACUGGCUCCAGGCUCUACCGUUUAGUCUUCCCACUGGCAUCGCAGGGUACGUCAUUCUGCCUGCAGGAAGCGUUGUCGCAGGUGGGCUGGCUGGCUCUGGCGAGGAGGCUAGCGUCAUGCUCGAUGGGCGACAGGUCAUCCAAGGUGCAGCCAAGGGCUGGGGAAUGGUAUUUACGUACUUUUACGUCUUGUACUUUGCAAUCCUGCUCAUCCAUCGGGAGAGGAGGGACGACAAGGCCUGUGCGGAGAAAUAUGGCGAGGACUGGGACAAGUACAAGAGGGCCGUGAGGUGGCGGAUACUGCCGUAUGUGUAUUGA